UCUAUGGGUUGUGUGAGAAUUUCAGUGAGCUUUUAUACUCUAUAUUUCUUGACUGUAAAAUAAAAAAAAAACUAACCAAUAGCAUUUUAACAGGGACUUUAUUAGCAUUAUGAAAAUGGGGUCAAUGAUACAUUUUUAUAUUUUAUAUUCUUAAAUGAUUAUGAUAUUUCUUCGAAUGUUCGGCCUAUAUAUUAUUUCUUUAUGUAUUAUCUCGAUUGAAUGAUUAUCAAUAAGAUUAAACGGGUUAAUAGACUUAAAAAUAACAUAAAAAUACAAAUAAUCAAUAUGAGUAUUCUGGCCAAAGGGCCGGGUUAUAAGUUAGUUGUAAUAUUAAGCACGCUUUAACACACUAUUAGGUUGGGUCCAUUCUUUGGACCAGGUUCGUUGUAAACUUGUAACUUUUACCUAAGAAUCUAGCGCUCGGCGAGGGAGGAAGAAAUAGCUGUUGGCGGAAACGAGCAGUUGGUCGUCGUUGAACAGAGGGGAAAAGGCUUUUUGUCCUUCCCUUUCAUUUCCUCUUGUGCCUCCGCUUGCUACCCGAAAGAAAUGGCCGUCCAGGACCAAGAGGAGGCGGUUAACUACAAGAUUUCGCCGCCGAAUACAUAUGCAGCUGUUGUGCUUGGCGGCACCUUUGAUCGCCUCCACGAUGGUCACCGACUUUUCCUCAUGGCAGCAGCUGAGCUUGCAAGGGAAAGGGUUGUGGUAGGAGUUUGCGAUGGCCCUAUGCUUACCAACAAGCAGUUCGCUGACUUGAUACAGCCUGUGGAGGAAAGGAUGCAGAAUGUUGAGAACUAUAUUAAGUCCGUCAAGCCAGAACUCAUGGUGCAAGCUGAACCAAUAAUGGAUCCAUAUGGACCUUCGAUUGUUGUCGAAGAUUUGGAAGCGAUAGUGGUUAGCAAAGAGACAGUGCCAGGCGGUCUGGCAGUUAACAGGAAGAGAACUGAAAAGGGAUUUUCACAGCUAAAGGUUGAAGUCGUGGAACUUGUUUCUGAAGAAUCUAGUGGUGAAAAGCUGAGUUCCUCAACAUUGAGGCGCCUCGCUGCUGAGAAGUCAAAACUACCAGACAGCAUAAAAUAGAUAGAGAAGACCCUAAUCAGUCGUCCUAAAACUUUGCAAGCUGAUCCAUGUUCGCAUCAAUGGCCAUUGGCAGCGUUUUUUAGGGCUUCGGGCUUGGUGCUGCUCUGGCGACAUAACAUGAGCAAAGCCAUGUCGUCAUAACAUUGUGUUGAUAUCUACAGCUGUCUCCCCGCCUCCCCUAAAACUGCAAACCCUUUUUAGUUUAUGUUCAGGAUAAUGUCAAAUAAGUCGAGUGUUGUAAGUUGUAACACUGAUAACGUUGUUGGACUUGAGAGCGAAGUAGUUGUACUUGGUAGCUUUUGUAUUGCUUGGCUCGUUAAAUGGACAGUUCUGAAACAAAGAAUGGAUUUUUGGGUCUGGUGGAAUGUCAAUAUUUGGGUGGAAUCUUUUGGAUCUUUCCUUGUCAUGGGUUUUUUCUUUCUUUCUGAAAAAUAAAAUGCAAGAAUGAGG